GCGCCUGCGCAGUGCGAACGGCAAGGCUGCCAUCAGCACGGCGAGGGAAGGCUUUCGGGCCGGGCCAUGGCAGAAGCCAGGGAGGCCCCGAGAGAAGGUGGAGGUGGUGGCGGAGGCGGUGGGAGCGUCCCCCGGGCCCAAGAAGAAGAAGAAGAAGACAAAGAAGUGGCGAUGAGCGCGGGGGAAUACUCCAGGCGCGUGCACCAAUGGCUCUGGGACUCGUACUGCGGUUACCUCAGCUGGCAGGGCGGCCUGGCGGCGCUCAUGGCCGGAGCGGCGAACGCGGCGGCUUCGGCCCCGCCCCCCGGCGCCUAUUACCACAGCGCCAACUUCAACCCCUGCUACUACCUCCUGGCUGCCUCCGUUGCCCCCGAGGCCGGCUCGGCUCCGGCCCGCCCGACCCCGGCUUGGCCCCCGCCCGCAGUUCGACAUGGGCCCCCGGCCCUGCGCCCGGCUCCUCCCGCCGUCGCUGCCCCAGCUGGCGGUUCCCAACGGGAGCCUGGCCGGCCCGCAGGUCGUGAAUACGUAAUCCCGUCUUUGGCUCAUCGAUUUAUAGCAGAGAUGGUGGAUUUCUUUAUUCUUUUCUUUAUCAAGGCAUCAAUAGUUUUGAGUAUUAUGCACUUAAGUGGAAUAAAGGAUAUCUCAAAGUUUGCUAUGCACUACAUUAUAGAAGAAAUAGAUGAUGAAACUUCCAUGGAAGACUUGCAAAAGAUGAUGAUAGUGGCCCUUAUCUACCGAUUGCUGGUCUGCAUCUAUGAGAUUAUUUGUAUUUGGGGAGCUGGUGGCGCAACUCCUGGGAAAUUUUUGCUAGGCCUUCGAGUUGUGACGUGUGAUACAUCAGUACUUAUUGCACCAAGUCGUGUGUUGGUGAUACCAUCGUCUAAUGUGAGCAUAACAACGUCUACAAUACGAGCUUUGAUCAAGAAUUUUUCUAUUGCUUCCUUCUUUCCAGCAUUCAUUACUCUCUUAUUCUUUCAACAUAACAGAACAGCCUACGAUAUUGUAGCAGGGACUAUUGUAGUAAAAAGACAUGGUCUCAGAUGAUACUCAAGGACACCUUUAUUCCACUGUUCAAAUAUACUGGAAUCACUUUGCUGGAUUUCUGAAUCUCACCCUAGAACAGUGCCAAUUACAACAUUGAGUCACAACAUGAGUGCAAUAAGUCUUGGGGACCGGUGCUGAAUGAAUUUGAGAAUAUUUGAACAGAAACAGAUGACUCAAAAUCUUCAAAAGUCAUUGGCAGUUUCAAAGGAAUAGUAUUUCUCUUAUGAGAGGAAUACUAAUUCUGUAUCAAAAGAGAAUUUACGGUAUUUUUUAUGGAAACUAAACCAUUGUCAUUGUUGGAGCAACCAAAGCAAUUGCAGUGUUUUUGAGAGAAAUUUAUUACAGAGAAUUGUUUGCUCUUGUUUUGGUGGAUUUGUAAGUGUUUGCUACUCAUAUAGAAGCCUUAUCAUUAAUUGCUCACACAACCAUUGUAUUUUCAAUACUGAAGAAAUUUCUGUACAUAUGUUCAAUGUCUUGCAUGAUAUGAGUAUCUUGAACAAAAUACAAAUUCAACAUAUCAGAUAUUACAAAGGCAAGUAAAACUAGUAUUAAUUAACAGGUAAAUACUGAGAACUUUGACAGUACUGCUAUAGGCAACCAAGACAAAUUCAAUUUAACCCCUGCUUUGGAUGGUUUAUAAAUUGUUUUCCCAUAAACUUUCAAGUUUUCUAUAAAAGCAUAGAAAAUUUAAAUAUGUAUUUUAUUGUGUAAAACACUUAUUUCACUUAUUUAACAACAGCCAAACUAAACUUUGAAUAAACCAGAGAAAAUUUAUGCAUAACCUUUUGCACCAUUUUAUAAGAAAAUGAGGUUUCUUAUAUUAAAAUAAAUUACAUAAUUGCUAAUGCAAUAUAAAGGGUGUAAAAAUGUAAAUUAGUACUCUUAUUUUAUCUGCCUGUGUGCCUGGAUCACUUAAAUUAUACUUACAAAAUAAAGCCUAUUUAUUUUGCAUGGUUUAUUUUUAUA